AUGCCUGUAACCACGAGAGCGGCCUGGCUAAGGAGAGCGCGAGAGCGGCUUGCUGCGAGAUCGGAUGAUGUAAUUCGUUCCGAGCUCGAGUUUUAUCGUGCUUGGAUCCAGAGGUUGAGAGCCUACACUCUAGCUUUGCGCCGUAAGUUCGAGCUAUGCUUCCAGUUUGAUCGUGUGGAUGGGACUGUUGCGUAUCUCGAAACUAUGAUCGAAGAGGGCGAAGAUAGCGACAGUGGUUCCGGUGGGAGUCCUAUGGACGUUGUCCCGGCCGAGGAUAUUGGUCCCCGUUCAGCUGUUUUGGGUCUUAGUGCUGCAUCGAUUGGUGCCAGUCUUUCAGCCGGUCCGGCCGAUCAUGGUCCUUCGUUGUGCACAUCAGAUACUAUUGCCGAGAUGAUGCGGUGGUGUAAGAUGCCCGAGGGUUUGGUUUUCCGAUCUCCUGAACCCCACGAGCGUCCUUGGACGCCUCCAGUAGGUUUUAUCGCCCUCUAUGAGCAUUAUUUUACUGAUUGCGGUCGUUGGUUUCCUCUGCCGGAGUUUUUGACGCGUUACUGCGCGAGGCGUAAGAUAGCUAUCUCCCAGCUUUCUGUGGGAGGUAUCCGCAACGCAGCUGGUUUGGCGAUACUGGGUACCGAUUGUGGCGUAGAGGUUGAUGUACAUUUCCUUGAGGAGGCUACCAGGUUUACGAAAGUCAGAGGUAGUCCGGGGUACUUUUAUACUAGUGCUAAAUCGGGUUAUCAGAUCGUCACCGGAGCUGAGAAGAAGAUUCGUCAUUGGCAGCGUUACUUUUUCUUUGUCAAGCUAGAUGAGACUUCGGUUGACAACCUCGAUAUGUUUUACGCUACUGAGUGGAAUAUGGUUCCCGGUAGCUUUGCUGUUUCUUAUCCUUACUUGUUGAUUUUCUUUGAUUGGCUUCUAACACUUAUCUUGUUUUUGUUGUUGCUUGCAGAGCCUGUCGUUCGCUUGCGUGCUCAUCCUCCAGGUUUUUUCGACAAUCUCAGGAAGAUCAGAGCGAGAGGGGCGAUUGAUUGGCCUUCGAUUACUCAGAGAUCUCGUGAGUUUCCUGCUUAUUCUGUUGUAUCGAUUGUUGCUCUCCUUGGUGGUUAUUGGGUCGUCACACUUUUGUUUUCCUUUUUAGGUCUACCGCGCUUAGGGAUGGGAAAAGUUAACACUCGUCUUCCUCGAUACGCCGAUCAGUUCAAGAAGGCCGUUGAUGCUGGGUCUUCUUCGCGCGCUGCCGACACUGAAGUCGUUGACCCGUCAGCCGGCGGAGGUGUCGAUCUGCGAGUUGCAGGAGAUUUGAGAUCGGCGGAGGUGGCCGCUACCCGCGCCGACAAAAGAGCUGCCAAGGUUCCUGCUGUCGUUCCGCGUGCGCAGAAGUCACGUGGCGAGGCUUCUGAUGCCCUAGCGAUCGUCGUCGCUGAUUCUGGACGUCCUACUCCAUCAAGGAAGAGAGCUUCUCAUGGUGAGGUGGUCGCUCCCGAGCCCGAAUCGUCCAAGAGAUCUAGGAGGGAUGGCAUACCGCGCGACACCACUGAGAUUGAUGAUUCGUUCUCCUUUUCUUACAAGACAAAGGAUGAGUUGUUUAUCAACAACGCUACUGCUUGUGGUGAGCUUGCUAGCAAGGUUCGCGGCUCCUUCGACCCGCUUCCCUCUGUGGGUUCUCUCUAUGAUCCCGAGCUGUAUCGGUCGUGGGCUCGGAAACACUUCCAGGAUGGUGGUGGCGUGAAUCGUAUGGUCGUCUCGUACGAGCGUCGCAUUGCCGAGCUGGAGAAGCAACUUGCUGAUUCUCGUACCUCUGAACCAUCGAGGAGAUCGGCUGAGGAGCUUCGUCAGGAUCUCGAUAAAGAGCGAGGGGUUUCUGCUGUUCUUACGAAGCAAACUGCCGGUUUCAGGAAGCAAGUGGCCGAUCUCAAGGCUUCUCUUAACGCUUCCCGCUCUCGUCUUGAGCAGUUUGAGGUUGAUCACGCGUUUCAGAAGGCGCAGUUGCAGCAGCUGCAAGCAGAGCGGCAUGGCAUCGAUGUCGAGGUUGCCGACUACAAGUCUCGUAUUGAGAGGAUGAGGAGGCAUAUUAUUGACAACAGAGCGGCGCAGGAGUCUCUUCUGACUUUGAGCCAGGUGAGCGGCACCUAUGAUUGUCUUCAGGAGCUGGUGAAGAGUGGUACGGUCAUUCCGUCGAAGACUUUGCUCGGCUUGGAGGCUGACGUGAAGAUGUGGGAGGAGAAGGUUCUUGGUUUCGAUAUUGCCGAUGUUUUGGACAGCGACCUCGAGGCUCUUCCAGAGACCGCGAUCGUUCCUACGAACCUUCAGGCGGCGGAGGUUCCCGUGGUUGUAGGAGAGGAGGUCGUCAUGGCAGGGGCACCUGCGGGCUCGGGCGCUCAGGUUGCUGCCGAGCAGUGACUUGCUUUUGUCUUGUUUUAUUAGAACCUAUUCCCGUUUUGUAGCGGAUGUUGGGCCGUUUAGGCGAUGUAUUUUCUUUUUGGGACCUUGCAUUAUCGUUGGAUUGACCGGAUAUUGAGCCGUUUAGGCGUUGUACUUUUCCUUUUUGGAACUUUGCUAUGUUUUAUCCUCUCGUUUUUUGACA